UACUUGAAAUUCAUGAUUUACUUUAUUCUGAGAAAAAUCGAUCGAUGUUAAAUAGAGACACAACCGAUAUUGGAAUAAAAUGGCAUUUUAUACCACCACGUUCACCUAAUUUUGGCGGUUUAUGGGAGGCUUCUAUUAAAUCAAUCAAAUAUCAUCUUUAUCGAACGUUAGGCAAUGCAUCCUUAACUUAUGAAGAAUUAAACACUAUUUUAAUACGAAUUGAAGCAUGUUUAAAUUCGAGGCCAAUAACACCCCUCUCAACAGAUCCCUCAGACUUAUCCUAUCUUACUCCGGGACAUUUCUUAAUUGGAGACUCUCUUAUCGCUAUUCCUGAACCAGAUUUAAAUAAUACACCUAUGAAUCGCUUAAAUAGAUGGCAACAAAUUUCACGCUUGACGCAACAAAUAUGGUCACAUUGGUCAAAACAAUAUUUGAAUCAACUUCAGGAAAUUAAAAAAUGGAAGCAGAACAAGGGCAGGUCAAUCAAAGUGGGCACAGUAGUUAUUAUACGUGAAGAUAAUUUACCUCCACUUCAAUGGCGUAUGGCAAGAGUUAAAGAAGUACAUCAAGGGAGUGAUGGUGAAAUCAGAGUGGCUACUGUAGCAGGUCAAGGUUGGGAAUGUAAAAGAAGCAUCCGCAAAUUAUGUCCAUUACCUUUUGACGAUAAUUAAAAAAAAAAAAAUCUAUGUAUUUAAUU